AUGGCCGCCGCUGCAACCUACAAGCAGUUCCUCGCCAGCCCCAGCUCCUCGCUGCUGGCUGACAAGGCGACCCUGCACUAUAUCCCUACCACCACCACCUUCUCUGGCGCGACCGAAAUUAUCAAGCACCUGAACUCGCUCCAGAAGCAAGUCAAGAAGAAGAAGGAGGAGAUCCUCAAUGUCGUUGAUGGUGGUAGCCUCAUCGCCGUCGAGACGGACACUGGUCUCGAGUUCCAGACGAGUGGCGGGGCCUACCUCCCUGGCCUCGACGACAACUUCGUCACAGACCGCGUGGCCUAUCUGCCCAUUAUCCACAUCGUGACCUUUGGCGACGAUGGCAAGAUCACGCAGAUCCGCCAGCAGUGGGACCAGGGCGCCCUCCUGAAGCAGAUUGAGAUCAUUGGCAAGAUGGGCCGCAACUGGCCCAUCAAGGAUAGCAGGGAGCAAAUCGCCAUGAUCCAAUCGUGCCUCAAAGCUUCUGGCAAGGUCUCCGCUUCCGCCCCCCAGAGUCACAACGACGUUGUCGUUCGUACCCGCGGCAACUCCAACAACGCCCUUCGAGACCCCCAUGCCUCACUCCAGCUUUUCGGCAACCGCGAAGAGCUCGAAGCCGUCGAGGCCGCUUCCGUCGUGUCGCCUUAUGCGGGCAACAGACCCCGGCAGCGCGGCUUCACCGAGAUCUUGGGCGACGAGCCUCACGAUGACGAGGACGAGCACCGCCAGCGAUCCAUGUCGCCCACCAAGGUUGGCGGCGGCAAGAACUUCCAGCCAAUGCGCAUCUUCGACGGCCAGGAGCAUCGCGAGGAGGAGGAGGAGGAGGAGUCCCCCAAGAGGGGUAGCACAUACAUCCGACCCAACCCUCGCAAGUACGAGCACUUUGACUUUGCGGAUGGAUCCGACCCGCAGGACCACCCUGAGCGCGGCGUGUCACAAGAGGAGCGGCCCAGGUCCAAGCAUGACAGCCAGUGGUCCUUCAACGACUUUGUCACUCCCCACAAGCCCAAGCCUACCAAGACGUACCGCCACCAGGAUGAACGCCACUGGGACACUGAGGCCAAGAACGACGACGAGGCGGGCAAGCCGGCGGGCAAGGGCCGCCGGGACGCCGAGACGCACUUCGAGCUUCAGGAUGACGGCGAGCGCCUGCCGCACCAGGACCGCCCCGGCACCAGGCCUCGCGGCGCCAUGCACAACGAAGGACUUGGCCUGUACAAGAACAAGCUCUUCGACCAGGAGGCGGCCACUCCAGGUCCCAAGCGCGCCUUGGGCAACAUCACCAACCUCAAGGACCGCACCAAGGACUUCGAUGCCCACUUCGCCAUGACGGACGACUCGCCGGCGCCGGCGCCUCAUCGGUCCCAGAACGUCCCCGAGGCCCGUAUGAAGGCGGUGAAGAUGAUGGACGCGAACUGGGCCGCCUACGACAAGUCGCCCACCUCGCAGAAAGAGAACCAGCCACAGGCCAAGACUCAGGAAGACACCAAGAUUCAUAUUGCCGGUGACGGCAUGGGUGGCAAGAAGGGCACGGACCGAGACUGGCUCUAUGGUGGGGCGGCCGAGGAGAAGGAGCGCAUCCACAUCGCAGGCGACGGCAUGGGCGGCAAGAAGGGCACGGACCGGAACUGGCUCUACGGCGGCAACGCGGAGGAAGAGCUUCCCAAGCCCGCGCCGUCGCGGAAAGGCAACGCGGCUGCCUCGCAGAAGAGCUUCUGGGACUUUUGA